GGCGGCGGCGGCGGACGCGGCCUGAGGUAGCGGCCGGCUGCCGCCUCGCCCGCCGCGGGGUCCAUGGCCUGAGCGGCCAUGUCCGGCGUGGUGCGGACCCUCAGCCGCUGCCUGCUGCCGGCCGAGGCCGGCGGGGCCCGCGAGCGCAGAGCGGGCGGCGGCGGGGCCCGCGACGCGGAGCGCGAGGCGCGGCGGCGCAGCCGGGACAUCGACGCGGGGCUGGCCCGCGAGCGGCGCGCCGUGCGGCGCCUCGUCAAGAUUCUGCUGCUGGGCGCGGGCGAGAGCGGCAAGUCCACCUUCCUCAAGCAGAUGCGCAUCAUCCACGGCCGCGAGUUCGACCAGAAGGCGCUGCUCGAGUUCCGCGACACCAUCUUCGACAACAUCCUUAAGGGCUCAAGGGUUCUGGUUGAUGCACGAGACAAGCUUGGUAUUCCUUGGCAGUAUUCUGAAAAUGAGAAGCACGGGAUGUUCCUCAUGGCUUUUGAGAACAAAGCAGGGCUGCCCGUGGAGCCUGCCACCUUUCAGCUGUACGUACCUGCUCUGAGCGCGCUCUGGAGGGAUUCGGGCAUCAGGGAAGCUUUCAGCCGGAGGAGCGAGUUUCAGCUGGGUGAAUCGGUGAAGUACUUCCUGGAUAACUUGGACCGGAUUGGCCAGCUGAAUUACUUUCCUAGCAAGCAGGACAUCCUGCUGGCGAGGAAGGCCACCAAGGGCAUCGUGGAGCAUGACUUUGUCAUCAAAAAAAUCCCCUUCAAGAUGGUGGAUGUGGGCGGCCAGCGGUCUCAGCGCCAGAAGUGGUUCCAGUGCUUUGAUGGGAUCACGUCGAUCCUGUUCAUGGUCUCGUCCAGCGAGUACGACCAGGUCCUCAUGGAAGACAGGCGCACCAACCGCCUGGUGGAGUCCAUGAACAUCUUUGAGACCAUCGUUAACAACAAGCUGUUCUUCAACGUCUCCAUCAUCCUGUUCCUCAACAAGAUGGACCUCCUGGUGGAGAAAGUAAAGACUGUCAGCAUCAAGAAGCACUUCCCAGACUUCAAGGGUGACCCCCACAGGCUGGAGGACGUCCAGCGCUACCUGGUCCAGUGUUUCGACCGGAAGAGACGGAAUCGCAGUAAGCCCCUCUUCCACCACUUCACCACCGCCAUAGACACCGAGAACAUCCGCUUCGUCUUUCACGCUGUGAAGGACACCAUCCUGCAAGAGAACCUGAAGGAUAUUAUGUUGCAGUGAAAGAGGAGGCCCCUCGCUCUUGCGGUCCUUCAGCAGCCUCGCCGGCCACAGGCCAGAUCUCCCCGGUGUCCCGGAGCGGGUUUCCCGAAUCCGUGCCCUCAACACCUGGCUCAGGGAUGCCAUGAGGCCCGCCACGCUCUAGGCCAAAGGACGUGACACUUUGAUGUUAGCUACUGAAUCCUGGGGACUAGUGAAACUACUGAAAAUCCAAGCGAUCACUUUGGUAUUAACGUGUAAUGCCUAAUAACACAGCUUUCUUUCUUUUUACAGAAACUAUUCCUUCUCUGACACAAUGUAAUCGAGGACUGCGUGUGUGUGUGCGCGCACUCUGUCUUUAAUGACAGAAACACGAAAACCGACAUCUUUGCAGAUGGCUUUUCUCUCUAACUCGAGAGUGCUUGGUGAGGAGUGUUGCCGGGGCGGGGGGGGGGGAGG